AUAAAUGUAUAUAUAAUUAUUAAAGUCAUAUUUUAAUUAAAACAAAGUUAAUAUAAUCAUUCCUUAUUACUGGUAUCAAAUGUUUGAGUUGUCGUGUUGAACUUUGCUCAUGUCGGGUGUUGGAAGACAACUUCAUGUCGCACUGAAGUGAGAGCAAGCAAACCCAGACUCAACUUCAACUUCACAUUUUAUUCAUGAACCCGUGGGGAAAAUUUGUUCUGCGGUGAGUAAAGAACGCAGAUGAAGAUCCAUCCAGAGCAAUGACUUAAUACCCUUAUGUAAGAUCAAGCCUGUAACUCUUAACAUUUAUCAACCUACAAACACAGACUGUCCUCACCAGCAGAUCAGACUGGUGAAUAAGACCUGGUCCAACUUGACUGCAGUUGGUUUAUUCUCAUCAUUAAUAGAAUAGUUUAUGUUCAAUGUACUUAAAGAAACAACCACCUGACAAGGUGCAGUAUUUGAAGCUGACUGCAGGUGGCAGUGUGUUCCAGAUAAGAGCCAUCAGCUCUGAUAACUUGCACAAGUCCAGAGUCCAGCUCAGAGCUGCCAGAGGGUUUUUAUCUCUUCCCCCUCGACUUGUUGCUCGAGAGACUCGUGACCAUGGAGCGGAUCAGCGAUUCACUCUGCAGGUACAAGAACUACAACUUUGCCAUCGGCCUCACGACCGCCGAGCACCUGGACUCACUCCAGAGCUUUGAAACACGGGACAGUGACAUCGUCCUUGUGACGUAUCCAAAGUCCGGUACGAUAUGGACUCAGCAGAUCGUCAUCUCCAUCUGUGAGUUGGCCGGCGGUCUGAAUGAAUAUCCAAACAACUUGGAGCAGAUGCCGUGGCUGGAGUACACGGAGGGUCGAGACGACUACUCCCUGAGGCCCUCUCCGCGGCUGUUCGCCUCUCACCUCACCCCGGGCCUCAUGCCCCCGGCGCUGAAGGACAAGAGAGCAAAGAUGAUCUACGUGAUGCGGAAUCCAAAGGACAACAUCGCCUCCUACUACCACUUCAGCAAGGUCUACGCCGACCUGGCGACGCCACAGACCUUUGAGGAAUUCCUCGAGGGAUAUUUGAGCGGCAACGUCGGAGCAUCGUCCUGGUUCCACCACAUCAGGGAGUGGCAUUCACACAGAGACCAGUACAACAUCCUCUUCCUGAAGUACGAGGACAUGGUUCUGGACCUGAAGAGAGAAGUAACCAAGAUCUGCGAGUUCUUGGGGAAAGACCUCAGUGAAGAAGACAUCGAACACGUUGUAGAGAAAUCCACUUUCAAGACCAUGAAGAAAGACCCGAAAGCAAACUAUGAGUUUCUCCCCAAAGAGAAGAUCAGUGGAAACUUCAUGCGCAAAGGUAAGAUCGGAGACUGGAAGAACCUCCUCACUGUCGCUCAGAGCGAAGUCGACCGACUGCUUCAGGAGAAACUGGGUGAUUUGUGUCUGACGUUCAUCUGGGACGCAGACGAGCAGCCGCAGAUGAGAUAAGAUAAAAAUCCUCACAGUCGUGAGACAUCCUGAAGAUUCCCCGCUGUCGAGGACGAGUACUUACACUUCAGAAAGUGAAAAUAAAACACGAGAAGAAAAGCUGUUGGCCAA